AAUGCAUAGAUUGGGUAUUCCAUUUUAAAUUCUUAAACAUUUAAUAUCGACCCUUUCGGUUAAAAAAUUCUAAAUUUAAAAUCUUCGGCUUGGCGGUGCAGCUUAUUUUAAGAUCUAGUAAUUAUGUUUAAGCUAGUCAGUCGCUUGAAUACGGCAAAUUACAUGUCCUCCAGUUGUAAGCACCAGCCGCACGCCACCAAACCUCAAGAUUCCGCCUUUAAUAAGAGGAUGAAGCCCAUGAAGGAGUUUAGGCACGGUAAGAUCCCCAAGAUCACUGUGGUGGGCGCAGGACAGGUGGGUACGGCGAUCAGUGCCAUGCUGCUGCUCCGCAAUCUCACCAAAUACCUCGUCGUCCUGGACGUAAACUAUGAGCUGGCCAAAGCGGAGGCCCUGGACUUCCAGCACGGCUCCGCCUUUUUGGGCGAUCCCCGGAUUGUGCCCUGCGGCGAUGGCUCUCACUCCAAGGACUCCGAUUUGGUUAUCAUUACGGCUGGGGCCCGACCCGCCGGCAAGGAUCGCUCCCGCCUGGCAGCCAUGUGCAAGACCGUAGAGAUCCUCAAGGAGGCGGUGCCGAAGCUGGUGGAACUCAGUCCCCAGGCCACCUUCAUAGUCAUCUCGAAUCCCGCCGAUGUGAUGACCUACGCAGUGCAGCGGAUUGGAAAGUUGCCCAAGCAUCGGUGCUUCACCACCGGCUGUCAUCUGGACUCGAUGCGGUUCCGCAAUUUCAUAGCCGGACGACUCCGGUUGCCCGCAUCUCAAGUCCAGGGCUUCGUGAUCGGGGAGCAUGGCGCCAGUGCGGUGCCCGUGUGGUCUACCGUCUCCGUCGGCGGCAUCCGGCUGAAGGACGUGGUCAAGGAUCUGGCCUGCGGCGAAGAUCCGGAGAAUUGGUCCGAGAUCAACGAGCAGGUCGCCUCAGGCGCUCUGUCCGUGGGCAAGGUCAAGGGUUACACCAACUGGGCCAUUGCCACCACCUGUACGGAUAUCGUGGAUGCGAUGUGCGGCGGCAGGGGCAAGAUCGCCUCCGUGGGCACCGACAUGAGGGGCUUCAAUGGCAUCAAGGACAACGUUGUGCUUUCCCUACCCUGUCUGGUCAAAGCGGGUGGCAUUAGUCAUGUGUUCGAGCUGCCCCUCACGGAUGUGGAGAAAAAGAAGCUGCACGCCUCUGCCGAGAUUCUCCUCGAGGCUCAAUGCUCCUUGAAGCUUUAAGCAGAAGAAAAAAAGUAUUAAAAGUUUGAACUUCACUGGAUAAUGACAAUUUUCACUUUAGAUAAUCAACUCAAAUAAAAUAAGGGUGGGCGGAAUAUGAUUGAAAAAAUGUUGGAUACUAAAAACAUCUUGCAUAUCUUAGAAGACCAUUAAGUUCUGAACUGAAUGCAAGCCAAUGAUGUAUGUACAUACAAAAAAGAUGAUCUAUGUAUUUAUAUUAAGAAGCAGUGGUAGAAAAAAUACCAUCCAAAAUGUUCUGAGUAUCAUGGAUCGAUUGGUUGUCUCUACAUUAUAAGAUGAUUUCCAAUAAUUGUGCUCUUAAAGUUAGUAUACUUAGUGAUAGCUCAAGUACCAUUUUAGAGGCCUCCGCUGUGAUGAAAGUGUUCAAAAAUAACCACACCCAAAUCUCAAGUGGAAAAUGGAAAGAAAUGAAGAAGAGAGAAGAGAGCGAAUAGGCAAGCCCUUUGCCCUUUCCAUUUUUUUAUUAGAGCAAGCGAGACAAACACCAUGUUUUGUAGACAAUCUGUUAGAGUGCAACGAUAUGAAGAAGCUUUUCGGCAUUUCUGUAACCCUGGUAAUGUACAUCUAAAAUUUUGUAAAAUUUCGAAAAAAUAUGAUUAAUUUCUUUGUGAGCGGUGACAAUUCUUUGGAUUGGGGCGAUUCCUCAAGAUCUUGGGGCAGGUCUGCCAAUGAAAAUCGAAAGUCAAAGGUCUUGGAAACGAAUAGAUGCGACGAAGCGAAUCAAGUUUUUGACCUAGGGUUGCGACACGCCAAGAUUAUGCAGCAUCCCAUCUAAUAACCACAAGUGUAGCCAAGUGUAACAGUCCACCAGGCGAACAGAAAAUGUGCAGGUGGUUCACUCAAAAGUCUUAGAUUUUCAACGCCUCGUUGCAUUGCCUGGGAAAAUGUUCCGCCACGAUUUUGGGCUAUUAUUGUAGAGGACACGAUCGCAGCGGACCACGCCCACGCAGUCAGGCCCUUUCCCAUUUCACUAUUUUGUUUAAAUAAAUGGAAAUGUUUAACAUG